UAUAUUGCAACCUGUCCAGCAAACUGAACAGGCUAAAUCUGUGCUCUUCACUCUUUGCUUGAGAACACACUAAAGAAGAGACAGGAAGAUGAAAACAGCACUCACAUUCAUUUUUCUUUUGGGUUUGAGCAGUGCAUUUUAUAUAAAUCGUUUCCAGAGAAAGUGGAAAGGUGAUGACUCUGACGAGAAAGGGGCACUAAGGAAUAGAUAUGGCAACUACUUUUUCAGACGUGUAUACUUCCAGUCACCACCAAAAUACAUAACUCAUGCCAGAGGCAGUGAUUCUUCUGAGGAAAAUGAAGACAGUUCCGAUGAGCAGGAGGAGUCAGUGAGUGUUGGUAAAAAUGGAAAUAAUGCUGCAUCAGAGGAAGCAGGAGCCGAGGAACCAGAAGGGAACGGGGCUGAGGAAGAGGCUGAUUCUGAAGGCGCAGAGGAAGAGAAUGGAGGCACAUCAGCUCCAGAGGUUGAAGACAGCACUGCAAGCCAGAAUGAGACAGACACUGAUAAUGGAGAGCAGUCGAGCACGGCCAGUGAGAGCAGCACUGAAGUGCAGCCUACAGAAGCUGGCACCAUUCAAUCUGCCACCAAACAGCCUGAGAGCAAUGCAGGUGUGCCCACCGGGAUCCCUAAUAAUGACUAUGAUAACGUAGGCACUGAAGAAGGUAGCAAUGGAGGUGUUGCAAGCACUGCUGCUGUAUAUGAGUCAGAAAUGAAAGGAUACCAUUAUGAUAAUGGUUAUUAUGACCAUGAAAAUGAAGUUGAUCCUAGAAGAGUACGAGGUGACACUUACGCAAGAUAUGAAGAUGAAUAUCAUUAUAGAAACCAAGUAUAUGAUGCCUAUGGUCAGCCAUACCAUUACUAUCAAUAGGCCCGUACCUCCCAACAUUUGUGACUUAUAUUCAAGACUUUUAGCGAGAAAGUGGCAUGGUCACACACUAUACAUAGGCAUGGCCAUGUCACUUUGGGUGUGUGCCCAGUGCUUCAGAAGCAUUGAGCCACACCCGCUUCCUUCACCUACUCAAAAACCACCCGAUCAAUGUCACCUGCACAUGUUGCUGCAUAAAGGUGUAUCAUCUAGUGGCAUAUAUCUCCCAACCGUCCUCAUAUAUGGACAGAAGUCUUUAUACACAGAAAGGUGGGACAAUAUUAUCUAACUGAGACUCUCACCUAAGUUGAGAUAUUGGGAAGAUAUGUAGACACAAACCAAGUUAAAAACGUUUGCAUCAAGUUCUCUUUUACCAGAUAUUGUUUUGUUUUUAUUAUUGUUUGACACUACAUGCUUCUAUUAUUAAAAUCAGUAUAGAAGUAGCAUUUCCGGAAGAUUAAAAAGUCUGACUAUCUAACACAAAUGUUCUGUUUAAUGUAUGGAUAAUCAUUAAUGGGUUUUGACUUUUGACUAUUCUGACUGUCCAGCUCAGGUAUCCUACCUUACUUGCUUUAAAGACAACAGGUUCCUCUAGCACUGGUAGAGCGCAUCAAAUUAUGUCAGCAUUGUACAUGGCUUUAUAUACCCACUCUCACUAUAUUGUCUAAAUUAAAGUGGAGGGGGUAAGGGGUUCACAUAGAUGUGCAUAGCAACUUUUUUUCUUAAUUAAUAGAAACAUACAGAUGUAUACAGAUACAGAAGAUCUUAGCAUGUGAGGUCAAUUAUUUUCUCUACACCAGAAAUAGCUGUACAGUACUGUAUAUGGUCAGAUAAAUAAACGCUGCAGUUUUGUCAACUACAGUAUGUUCAUGUUAUUUAAGCACUAUAUGAAUUACUAUACUUACAUUCCUUAUGUUAAGUGUAUUAAAUGAAAUAAAUUUUAAAUAAACUAUUUGCUGUA